GGGACUCAUAUUAGAUAAUCGUAAUCUUAGGCCUGGUUUGUAUUGAAAUUAACUUGAUAAAAACGUAGAAUUUGAUUAAUUUCAAAACUGUGGAUAUUUUUUAGGGAGAAGAUGAAUGUUCCACAGCAUUCCAAUAUUCCUCCAGUUGAUCGUGAAAAAAUUUAUCAGUGGAUAGUGGAACUGUCCAGUCCAGAAACACGAGAAAAUGCUUUGCUUGAGCUCAGCAAAAAACGUGAGGUUGUUCCAGAACUUGCAACUAUGUUAUGGCAUUCUUUUGGAACAAUAGCUGCUUUGCUUCAAGAAAUUAUAAACAUAUAUCCUGCCAUCAAUCCAUCUACAUUAACAGCACAGCAAUCCAACAGAGUCUGUAAUGCAUUAGCAUUACUGCAGUGUGUGGCAUCACAUCCAGAAACAAGAUCAGCUUUCUUGCAAGCUAACAUCCCUUUGUUUCUUUACCCAUUCUUACAUACUGUAAGUAAAACAAGACCAUUUGAAUAUUUGAGGUUAACUAGCUUGGGUGUUAUAGGUGCUUUGGUAAAGACUGAUGAACAAGAGGUAAUAAAUUUCUUGUUGACUACUGAGAUCAUACCUCUUUGCCUGCGAAUUAUGGAAUCAGGUAGCGAAUUGUCUAAAACUGUAGCUACGUUUAUUCUUCAAAAAAUUUUGUUGGACGACACUGGGCUUUCCUAUAUUUGUCAAACUUAUGAGAGAUUCUCACAUGUGGCAAUGAUUUUGGGAAAAAUGGUGUUGUCUCUAGCCAAAGAACAGUCGGCACGUUUACUGAAACAUGUUGUUCGUUGUUAUCUCCGGCUCUCUGAUAACCCACGUGCCCGUGAAGCUCUUAGACAGUGCUUGCCUGAUCAACUGAAGGAUACAACUUUUGCCAACUGUUUAAAGGAUGACAAAUCUACUAAACAUUGGCUGAGUCAGUUAUUAAAAAACCUGGAAACUGCAUCAGUUUCAGAUCCUCGUCUUCCCUAUCAGCCAACCCUGUCUCAAUAGCCACUAGGUCUGUGGACAUAUCAUUAAAAAAGAAAAAAAAGUGUACUAUUCAUUGACGUACAAAGUCACAUAAAUGAGAAAUAUCUGUAAUGUAAAAUAUUUUGGUGUCCUACAAAACUGGAUGGUUUUAUUUUAAGUAAAAUCUUUGUGUAUAUUUAAUUUUGUUUAAAAUUAAAAUAUCAUUUCCUUUGAUGUUUUUUUUUCUCAAGUACAUGACUGUGACUUCUGAAAACCUAGUGUUGCCUUCUAGAUAUUCCUGUGAAUUUUAUUUUUAAACAGAACUUAAGAAUGUGUAACUAAAUGAAUAAGAGAGCCAUUGUAAGAGGAAAUUGAAUCUAAAAGUUUUUUUGUUUUUUAAAACCUAAUUUUAUGUAACCAUGGGUGUUUUUAUGAGUAUUCUGAAUUUUUGUUGUUCAUGUAUGUGUUAUGCAAGAUAGAAAGACAUGAGAGGUGAAAUCAUAUGUUUCUAGUUAGAUAAAUGAGUUUGACGAGUAUUAAGAUUCAAAUACAUACUUAUUCUACAGAAUAUUAUUAAUUCUGAAGGUUCUUUGCCACAGGUUAUAUUAAAUGCAUGUAGAAAAUAUAUAUAGUGGAGCCACCUUACGUAAAGCCCAGGUGGUGAGAUCACCAAUUAAAGAAUUAUGCUAAUAUUGCUUUUUGAUAAACACUUAGUUUUAAAACAUGUAAACUCAAAUUUGAAAUGUUGUGAUCAUUAUGUAAUCAAUACGAUUUAAUUAAUUUGUAAAUUACUUUUGUGUGUGUUUGUGUAUAUUUGUAUGUACAAACUUCAGUAAUAUUUUGAAUAUUGGUAAUUUUCAUUCACUUGGUCAUUCUCACUACUGCUCAAUUUAUAAGUCCAAAUACAUCUCUAAAAAUAAUUAACUGCAAAAACAAGAUUACCCCCAAAAAAUGAUUCAAAGUAUUUGACUAUAUAAUUCAGAAACUGGAAGAAAGGCUUUCCAAUACAUUCAGUAUUGAUAUUCAUGACUUAGAGUUUAGGCUUUGAAAACCUAAAUGUUUUGAUUUUGUGUAAUAAAAUAAAUUGAAAAUUUUGAAACUGUUAUUUUAUGAUAAUAUAAAACAUGAUUAGAAUCUAAAUCUACAAAUUAGGCUGUUACCUUAAUGUUUUCACAUUCAGAAGUAACUUAUAACAAAAAAUUCCAAUGUUGUAAGAUUCUAUGAAAUGAUUGCUGACAAUAAUUGUUUUAUAGUUAUUAAGUGUAUUUGGAAAAGCACAAGUUUAACAAAUAAAAAAAAAUAAUUAAGUAGAAAAGACAAGUUGUAUUGUUUCAAGAUAAACCUUAAUUUCUAAUAAGAUAUCUAUAUUAGAACAUUUUGCCAUGAAUUACACUGUAUAUGUAUACAUAACUAUGUCUACCUAUUUCAAGAAAUUAAAAUUUUGUGUUUUAUUAGCACCCAAAGUAGUAUCUAAAGGUUAAGGAUUUCAAAUUGAAUUCUUAUUUGAGUAACCUAUGAACGUUCUACAAUUUUAUGGAUCAUCUAACUUAAGUAUCUCUUGUAUAAACACAAGACUGUAUACAUAGAAUGAAUAACAAAGUGUUUUAACAAGGCAGAAGUUUUUAAUUGUUGUUGUUCUGAAACUUAAUGUUUCUGAUGGUAACUCCAAGAAAUAAAUUUUUUAUGAUAUAUUU